GAUGUUGGAAUUGAGGGUGUUGGUUGCUUCUCGGCAGUUGGAACGAUGAAGACUGCUGCAAUGCCUCGCGAAGAGAAACUCGCACGUGUCGACAACGAUGUGCCUCUCAAAGAGAGGCUCUCUCUUCUCUUCCAUCUCCUCCCACCUUACCUCGUCCUCCCGCCGUCAUCGCAUCGCCCAGGCAGCUGUCUCGCCCCAGCGCAGAGGGUGUCAGCGCUGUCAAGUCCUUUUCCCUGUCGAGCGAUCGAUUCCGAGGAAAUAGCACUGCCACCGCCGCUGAGACCGGAUCUGCUGGCCAGUAGGACCUGACGGAAACGCCAGGAGCAAAUUAUCUUUAGAAAAGAUGGACGACCUGUCGACUGGAUCCUCUGACUAUGUUGCCAACAACUGGAUCACAUGGUACCUCGCCCUCAAAGGCAACGAGUACUUUUGCGAAGUCGACGAAGACUACAUCUUGGAUCGCUUCAACCUGACCGGCCUCAACGCCGAGGUCCAAAACUACCCGCAAGCGUUGGAUCUCAUAACCGAUGCACCAGAUGAAGCAUACGAGGACGCAAGAGAGCAUAUUGAAGCACAGGGGCGGCUUCUCUAUGGGCUCGUGCAUGCGCGGUACAUUCUAACCACCCGCGGCCUGGCCAAGAUGGUGGAAAAGUACAAGCGAGCGGAUUUCGGGCGUUGCCCACGCGUUCUCUGCUAUGGACAACAGCUGUUGCCAGUCGGUUUAUCUGACCUUCCAUUUCAAAAAGCUGUCAAGCUGUUCUGUCCGCGUUGCGAAGACAUUUACAGUCCCAAGAGCAGCCGGCACGGGACAAUCGAUGGGGCUUUCUUCGGUAGCACAUUCCCGCACAUGCUGUUCAUGGUAUACCCCCAUCUGCUACCCUCCAAGCAACCCGGCGCACCCUCUCCUUUUGUCCUCGGCUCAUCCUCUGCACAAGCAGCAGCUGCUGCUGCACGCGGUGGGGACUCGAUGGAUACAUGGGGAACAGGCGAUGCCUCUAUGGCUGGCGGCAACGAGCGUGAGCCAGGCAAUAGCGUUGGUGCGCUUUCGGCCACAGGCCCGCAAGGAAAUACAGCAGGGGCCGGCAGCGCAAGUGCGACAAGCAGCAGCGGUGGUGGGUCGACCGUCUCAGCGGCAUCCAAAGUUGAGCGCUACCGGCCGCGGAUUUUUGGCUUCCCUGUCCACGAGGCGAGCGUCCUGCAAAAGUGGCAGGAGAAGCAGCGGGAUCGGCAGAUUGAAAACCUCGAGCGCGUCGAGCGCGAAGCGCUCGCAGCCGCGGCGGCUGCACACGGAGGCGCAGGCACUCGAGGUGGCAGCGGUGUGCACAGCCAUGCAAGUGCCGUGAUGGGCGUUAACAACGCAAGGCGUGCGGCCGCACAGGCUACCGCGGCAGCUGCUCAGGCGGCUGCGACUGCCACAGGCUUCACCCCGACGGGCAAGAGUGUCAGUGCUGGCACUGGUGGGGUAGGUGCCCAGCAGCAAACUCCGACGAUAUCCCCAAAUCCGGCAGCAGCAACAGCACCGGCAUCGGCAUCGGCGUUAGCAUCACCAGCAGCAAUCGACAGCACUGCGAGCCCGAAAGCGUAGGGUGCCAGGGGCUCAUCGAGGUUUUUUUUUUCAUAAAAGGAAUCACACUCUCGUAUUGCACACAGUCGUUCUGUCCUGAUGGGGUGGCUUUGACUGGGGAGAGUCAGCAAUGUUUUAUCUCGAGAUGGGUCUUUCAUGACCAAUGCAAAAUUCCCAUCCUGCG